AUGGCUGGUCUAUCAAGCAUGGAAAGAGGUGACGACGUCUUGAUAAUUUUCAAAGACAUGCAAAAAGCUGGUUGGCGACCAACAGAAUUGACUUUUGUGAGUGUCAUAAGUGUGUGUUUGUUGUCUAGAGUUGCUACUCAAGUACAUGGCCAAGCUAUUAAGAUGGGUUUUGAAGAUUGUACGUCUGUGAGUAAUGCAGCAAUAACCAUGUAUUCUAGUUGUGGGGACUUGAAUGCAGCUCGCAUGGUCUUCAUGAGAAUAAAAGAGAAGGAUAUUGUGUCAUGGAAUGCAAUUAUAACAAGUUAUGCUCAAGAGAGUUUGAGUGCAGAUGCAAUCUUAGCGUACCUUCAGAUGCAAAGGGACGACUUUGAACCCGAUGAGUUUACAAUUGGAAGCUUAUUAGCGAGCUCCGAGUUGCUAGUGGUUGUUGAGAUGAUUCAAGCCAGCGUAACAAAAAAAGCACUUAUCUUGAAAAUUGAAGUUUCAAAUGCAUUGCUUUCUGCUUUUUCCAAUCUUGGUGAACUGAACCAAGCCAAUAAACUGUUCCAUGAAAUGUCCCACAGGAAUUUGAUCUCUUGGAAUACAUUAAUUUCUGGAUUUCAAUUAAACGGAUUGCCAGUAGGCGGUUUGCAGCAAUUUCAUGAAUUGCUUCUAUCAGGAUUGAGGCCAAAUUUUUACACCCUCUGCCAUGCUUUGAGCAUUUGUUCCAGCAUUUCGGAUCAACAGCAUGGAAAACAGCUUCAUGGAUACAUUCUCACUUCUGGCGCAGAGAAAUGGGAAGAGUCGGCCGCUGUGAGGGAAUUGAUGAGGAGAUUUGGGGUGAUGAAGCAACCCGGUAGCAGUUGGAUCUGA